ACGCCGCAAUUCGUUCGCUGCUGUUUCAUUUCUUAUGCAAGGGUCGCGUUACCAAAGGAAAAUAAACAAAUAGUGUAAGCGGUCUUCAACGUUAGCAAGAAUCGUAGAGCACGUGUGGUUGCAGAGCAUUCUGUGAAAAGAAGAGGGUGGUAAUCUAAAAGCUCAGUUUUACUAGGACAACGGGAAGGCUGUUACCUAAGAAACGAAGGCGUCAGUCACUUUGCUUCGAAGCACACUACAACCUAGCUAGCUCGGCGCAGCAGUCCGUUUUCUCCAGUUAAAGUUAAGGCAUAAGACGGCGAGUGUAGAGUAGCACAGACAGGCACUACUGCACUUCGCUCGCAACUUCAACUGCUUCGCCGACCAUGACGUCCCUGUUUGGCGUGCUGCUGCUGGUCACCGCGUCAUUGUGUUCCUCCCUCAUCGAGGUGCGUGGUGAGGAGCCCGGUGGCGUCGCGGCUCCUGCGUCGUCUUCGUCCAAGGGAGCUCGCACGCUGGACAAGUUGAGCGGCGGCGAGUACAUCCGCGGUCUCGGCGGCCGCCGGCGGCUCGACAAAAUCAGCGGCGGCGAGCUGCUGCGUUCGGCCGACGACGCCGAGCUCUUGCGCGAGCUCGUGCUUCCCUACGCACUGCGAGGAGUGCCUGCCUCGUCGCACGGCUCGGGGUCUCGCCGAGGCCUGGACAAGAUCGGCGGGGGCGAGUACAUCCGCACGGCUGGGGCUUUUCCGCCUGGCGCUUCGCCGGCCAAAAGGCAAGCUGCGUUCGACUCCCUAAGCGGUCUGACGUUCGGCGGCGACCAGGGUGGCCUGCACAAGCGUGGCUACGGCCACGGUGAGUUCGACGAGAUCGACCACGCCGGAUGGCCGGGCUUCUACAAGCGCAACUUCGACGAGAUCGAUCGGACCGGUUUCGAGGGCUUCUACAAGCGCUCGGCCCGGGAAGAGUGAGCGCCCGAAACCGGCAAGAUUUUCCAUCCACUUCACCACAGUCUACCCCGCAGUCUCUGCCACCUGCCCAUCAUCUUAGGCUUCCCGAUCGUCCCGGUUCCAGCACCUCUUCAAUUCUUCUUACAUCGUUCCCGCUAGUCAAAGCGCGUCUCCACCAGACCAAGAGUCGGAACCUUCGUGCUCCCUCACGACAGCCCAGUCAAGCCAGGCACCAACAUGUGCCCCCUCUUCGAAGCCAGCGUAGGCUCAAUCAGAACAGCGUCGGCUUUGGUGCUACCUAAAGUGCCAGGCCCCACGCCAAGCAUGGCCGCAGAUCCUUUUUGCUCCAGGACACGGCCGCUAUAGCAUUGUCACUAACUGCCCUCAUCGUUAGUUAUCAUUUAAUUAUCCCGUCGCGUGGUUAUCGCGUGGUUAUCCCCUCGCGCUCACUUCCUUUCGCGCACGUGCAGUUACAAUAAGUUCGGUGACUCCCCGCCAUCACCUCUCCUACCGUUGUUGCUUCGUGCACCUCGUCAUGUGGAAAGCACUCUCUGCCCACUCCUGUUUAUUUCGGAUGCAGCUGCAAACACGAGUCGCAUCACCGCUAACGUCUGGAGGCGCACCCGAUUUAUACGGGCGAUGUAAGAAACUAGAGGUAACGAAACGACAAGAUUGAAGGGUCAUUAACUAACUGGGCACAUGUCACCCCGAUUGAAACACUGUUAAGAAAGAAAGCGAUUUUUCUUUGUUGCAAUAAAAGCCUCUUUAUUCCUGU